AUGUGGAAAUUUGAUUAAUAAUUGUAAUGUUGUAUGAGUACAUCUGUCUUGUACCUCAGGUUUGGAAUGCCUGCAUUAUGGCUUGUUCACGGAAAUCUGCUAUUGAGUUCCUCAAAAACGCCAGGAGAAACCUGGUGACUGAUAUGAAGAACCUUCCUCUGAUCAUUGAGAAUCUUUAUCAGCAGAGGGUUUUCAAUGACCAUGAGGUCGAUGCUCUCAAAGCCGAGAGGACAGAGUUUGAUAAAGCCAGAUGUAUAUUGGAUUGGGUCACUAACAAAGGGGAAGAGGCCAGUUAUGAAUUACUCAAGAUUUUGGAUGUCACUAAGAAGAGGACAUUAGAUCCUGAUUUACACUCCUGGAUCAGCUGUUUUCCAUUAAGAGUGGAAGAUGAAGAGACCAGCUGUUCAUUUGGUACAAAGCCCUGUCAAAACUACCAGUCAGCGCUCAAGAAGAAAGCAAAAAGGAUCCUGAAGGAGCAAAGGGAAGGUUGCUGUAAAUAUCGGGAUGACAAGGCACAAGGAAAUUUCCAUUUUAUACCUGUUGUUUUAGAGACAGACUCUGUGUUGAAAACUCCUCAAUGUAAAAUAAAAUGGAAAAACAAAAAAUGCAAAAAGCUACGGCCCAAAAAGCUGAGAGCUUACAUUCCUACUGAGCAACAAGCACUUUCACCUGUGGAUCUGCUGAGAUGCCAAGAUAAAAGCAUCCUCCUCAUAGGCAAACCUGGAAUAGGAAAGACUACAGUCGUCCAGGAAAUGUUGCGUCUGUGGGCAGAGAAAGAGGACCAAGAGCUGGACUACAUGUUUUACUUUGAUGAAGGUGUUUUGGCUCACAGUUCUAGCAAUGACGAUUUGGAAUCUAUUUUGUUUAAAGUGUAUUUGAAACCAAUGGAUAAAGACAGAACAGACGUGUUUCAAGAAAUUGAGGAAAACUCUGAGAAUGUUGUCAUUGUAUUUGAUGGCGUAGUCGAUUUAAAAGAAAAUUCCACCUUAUGGAAGAUCAUGAACCACGAGCUCCUGCCUGAUGCCAAGAUUAUAAUUACAUGCAGAUCAGAGGUGGAAUAUGAUCCACUUUUCUCCAAAUGGCCGACACUGAAAGUGUAUGUCGAAGGAUUCAGUGAAGAGUCUAUCAACGCUUACUAUCAGAAGAUGUUGGGUCACGAUCCUGAUCUUCUAGAUGUUGUUUUGAAGAAUCAAGAGCUGUUCAGUCUCAGCCAUGUGCCAAUGUAUGCAUUCAUGAUUGUAGACUUGAUUCAAUUUAAAAACCACAACGUUUUUAACCAUCCAAACACAGUCACAGAAAUGUACAUCCAUAUUUUCCGUGUUGCUGUGAAUAAAAAAAUUGAGCAAAUAGAUAAAUACUUGAAAGACAACAAAGAUCAAGUUUAUUUUUUGAUGGGAAAGGCAUUUAAUGCAACUAUGCAGAAAACCCUGAACCUUAUUAGCUGUGAUGAGACCAACAUUUCUCGUGCUUUUCUGAAGAUGAUCACAACAAGAGACUCGCUUACAUCAGCAACGACGUACUGUGCGUUUCUCCACAACACAAUGCAGGAAUUCUUCUCAGCUUUGUGGCUUCUUGGACAUCCAGGUGAAAUUGAGAAAGUCCUACAACUCUGUCAGACUGAGGAAGAUAAACACAUGAAACAUGUUCUUCCCUUCCUAUGUGGACUUCUGGGAGAACACAACAUUAAACUCAUCAAAUGUCUCUUCCCAGAAGAUCAGAUAAAGAAAACAUCUGAUUGGUUCAUUGAGAAGUUUUUGGAAACUUUCCUCCAACCUCAGAGUGAAAGUGAAGAGUUUGAUCUUCUCUAUGUGUGUCAGUGCUUGUAUGAGCUCCAGUCUCCUAAAGCGUGUUUCAUGUUCCUGGAGAAGAUGGACCAUCAGCUCGAGCCUGAAGAGGAUCUAGACCCCCAUCAGUGUUGUGCUUUGGCUUACGUGAUCACUCAGUCCAGAGAUAAAGAGGUUUAUCUGAAUCUGGAGGACUGUAACAUGACUGAUGCAGGAAUGAACAUGAUGCUCAGCUGCUCACCCAAGAUCAGAUUAAAGGUUUGGAAAGAACCACUGAAGCAAAUCACAUUCUUUCGAGAAUUCUUCCAUAAAGGAUCGCAGUGCAGAUGCUCCUUUUUUGCCGUGAGACACAAUAACAACCCAGAACUGUGUGAUUUCCUGCUGGAUCUUUGCUCACAUGUGAAGAACUAUGAGACUCAAACAGGCAGGAGUUUCCUUCCAGCAUUACAGUCAGUUUUCCAGUCUCCUGAUGUCUGGAUCAUAGAUCUCUCACAGAGAAAGACCUCCGUCCUCCUGGAAGUGCUGAAACUCCAGACAGAGAAGAAACCAGUAGAGCUGAGAGGAUGUUCAGAGGAAGAGAGUGAAAUGAAGAGUUUCCUUCAGUGUCUGUCCUACAUCUCACAGCUGAGAUUCUCUAAUCUGAAUGAAAGUGUUCGAAACAGAUUUCUUCUGAGACUCUUCACUAAAGCAGCAGAGACUGAGACACAGACAGGAGAGCAGAUGCUGAAACUGUUAUCAUCAGUCUGCACUUACACAUCUUUUCCUUAUCAAGAGACUAACAGAAUUAAACAGAGUGAUUUCCUGCUGGAUCUUUGCUCACAUGUGAAGAACUAUGAGACUCAAACAGGCAGGAGUUUCCUUCCAGCAUUACAGUCAGUUUUCCAGUCUCCUGAUGUCUGGAUCAUAGAUCUCUCACAGAGAAAGACCUCCGUCCUCCUGGAAGUGCUGAAACUCCAGACAGAGAAGAAACCAGUAAAGCUGAGAGGAUGUUCAGAGGAAGAGAGUGAAAUGAAGAGUUUCCUUCAGUGUCUGUCCUACAUCUCACAGCUGAGCUUUAGGUUCUAUGGUGAUAAAGAAAUGAAGAAGUCUGCAGUGAAACUCCUGCUGAAUCUCAGUGUUGCUGCAGUUGAAAAUGUCACAGUUACAGGAACAAGAUUCUCUACUCUGCUGUCGUCUGUGUGCAGUUACAAAACCUUCCCUUUUCAUCAAGAGUGGUAUGAUAAAGAUGAUGCUGUUGUUCAGUGUGAUUUCCUGCUGGAUCUUUACUCACAUGUGAAGAACUAUGAGACUCAAACAGGCAGGAGUUUCCUUCCAGCAUUACAGUCAGUUUUCCAGUCUCCUGAUGUCUGGAUCAUAGAUCUCUCACAGAGAAAGACCUCCGUCCUCCUGGAAGUGCUGAAACUCCAGACAGAGAAGAAACCAGUAGAGCUGAGCGGAUGUUCAGAGGAAGAGAGUGAAAUGAAGAGUUUCCUUCAGUGUCUGUCCUACAUCUCACAGCUGAGGUAAGAUAUUGUACAGCCUUUUGCUCAACAUGUUU